GCGGAGGUGGUUCCUGUGGUCGGGGAACGCGCCAUCGGGUGCGAAGUGUUUGUCCUCACAUGAACGACGUCUGGAGAUCCGCCAUUUCUUCAUGAGCCGCGGUGACAAAGAAAGGCAAUUAAUGCUAUUUUUCAUAACUUAAUUGAUUUUCUCCUUCGCCCGCGAUCCAGCUGCAGCGACACCGCCACGUCCGGCCCCGGACCUUCAGAUCUGCUGCUGCUGCUGCACAGUGGGGGGGGGAGUCUCUCUCCUGCACCGCGGGGGUCUCCUUCUCUGCACCGGGCCGGACUCGACCAUCACACCCGCCCUCUCUGCAGCCUCCAUCGGUCGCCAAGUCGCUGUCGGUGCGGCGGUGGAGAGGAGAAGAAAACCGAGGAAGAGGAGGAAACAGAGGAGGUUUGGAGGAAGAUUGCUGUGCCACCGUUUGGUCCUGGAGGGGAGGAGCCAGUUGUUGAUCUCUACGCUGCAAAGACAAGGCGCCGCGCACAGCAGAGAGAGGGAGGGACUGCAACCGGUGAAGAAGAUGCCCAACAUGAUGAAGGAGAGUCUGCCAGUUCAGGACUAGUAGCUCUAGCGAACUGCAGGGGAGGUGGAGGACAGAAAGGACACUGAGGAGACAAAGUAAACCACAUGACCAGAACUCGGACGGGCUCCAAAUCAGCGAUGUUCCCCUCGGGCGGGGAUUACCUCCUCCCUGUCGUCUCCCUCACCAUCCCUCCUGCUCUUCCUCCCUCGCACAGCAGAGCACACGCCCAGUUCCAAGAGUCGUGAGAGCUCCCUGUGCUCACCCUCCCACACACACACACACACACACACACACACACACACUUGUGCUUACUCUUCCUCUCUCUCAUACACACACACACACAAUCACACACACAGUCACACACACACCGGUUGUAUCCUGCUCAUGGUCGUUGGCCUGCCCUCCUCUGCUGCUGCUACCGCUCCAGUCCCAGACCAUGAAGAGGCCCAAGCAGCAGACGGGGCCACUGAGCUUCCUGAACUUCUUCAGCAGAAAGCCCAAAUCGGAGCCGAGGCCCGAGAGGCCCCUGGAAGCGUGGCCCAAAGAGGAGGUGGCCAUCACCCUGACGCCCAGCGAGCACCCAGAGCAGGACCUCAGCGUCACAGCAGACGAGGCUGGAGAAUCAAGAGUUUCUGGUGCCGAAAGAGGAGAAGGAGAAGGUGCAUCAGCAGCAGCCGAGGCGGGUGAGGAGGUCGCCGCCACGGCCGAAUGUGCGGGUGGGGUCAGCAGGGGCUCCACCGACGUCCUGUCCCUCUCCUCCUCCAGCCAGGAACAGCUAUUGGACGAACAUCUGGAGGAGUGUCCUCUGUGCCUGCUCAGUCAACCGCGUUGCCACUUCCCACGACUAAGCUCCUGCUCCCACCGGACGUGCUCCGACUGUCUCCGCCAGUACCUGCGCAUCGAGAUAUCUGAGAGCCGGGUGGGCAUCGCGUGCCCGCAGUGCCCCGAGACGCUGGCGCCACUGGAUGUGCGCGCCAUCCUGGAUGACCGGGCGCUGCUGGAGCGGUUUGAGGAGUACCAGCUGAGGCGUUUUCUAGCUGCUGAUCCAGAUACACGCUGGUGCCCUGCACCUGACUGCAGCUACGCAGUGAUAGCUUACGGCUGUGCGGAGUGUCCCAAGCUGAGCUGCGGCCGCGAGGGAUGUGACACGGAGUUCUGCUACCACUGUCGCCAGCUGUGGCACCCCAACCAGACGUGCGACCAGGCCCGGCGGCAGCGAGCCCGCCACACCUCAGGUGGCAACGAUGCCUCCACGCUGUACGUCUUCAAUGAAGAACCUGGAGGAGAUGCAGAGGAGAUCAAACCGUGCCCUCGCUGUGGUGCCUACAUCAUGAAGACCAAUGAUGGCAGCUGUAACCGUAUGAACUGCACUGUGUGUGCCUGUCAGUUCUGCUGGCUGUGUAUGCAGGAGAUCACCGACGUGCACUACCUCAGUCCCUCAGGAUGCACAUUUUGGGGGAAGAAGCCAUGGUCACAAACCCGCAAGGUUCUGUGGCAGGUGGGCAUGUUGCUCGGAGCACCGGUGGUCAUCUCCCUUAUAGCGGGCAUUGCCAUCCCAGUCAUCAUUGUCGGCAUACCGAUCUACAUGGGCCGAAAGGUCCAUGGUCGCUGUAAGAAAAACAGUAUCUCAGGAAGCAAGCACUACUUGACUGUGGCAAGUGGGGUGAUGAUGUCAGUCUUUGUGUCGCCAGUUAUAGCAGCUGUCACUGUGGGUGUGGGUGUGCCGCUAAUGCUGACUUAUGUGUACGGGGUCGUCCCCAUGUCGCUCUGUAGGAACGGCUGGUGUCGACCGCAAAGUGAACCUCCUGAAACACAUAAAAUCCAGCUGGAGGACUUAGCCAGCUAUCUUCUAUUCUCUCAUGUAGUCAGCGACCACUGGACAGGUCAGAACAACCCAGCGCUCGGCGAUACCAGCGUCCAGGAAGUUAGGGUCAGUAUACAGGAAGUGGGCGUCCUACCGAGUACGAGCACCACGCCCCCAGACUUAGAUAGCUAUGUGAGAUUGGAUGAAGCCACAAAACGCCAUGAAUAUACCCAGCGGGACAGUCCGGUGGACUGCGAGGUGGUCAUUGUGCCUGAUAGUGAACUCGACGACACACAAGCGCUUCCUCUGAGGGAAGGAACCAAUAUUGAGGUCCGGGUAGAAAUCGAGACCCAUCCCAGAGGCGCCCGCCAGUCCAGCCUAAGUAGCAUCCUGUCCAGCCGAAGCCUGUCAGUGGAGUCCCUGGGACACUCACAGUCACAGUCCCAGGACUUCUUGUGUGCCUCAGAACUGGAGGAAAGACGAGAGGGGGGACGAGGGAAAGGAGAAGAGCAGGAGGGACGAGAGAAACCAGGAGGGGGAGCAGUAGGAGGGACACCAGUCUUUGAAAUAGAAAGUGUAUGAGGUCCUCCAGUGCAGGCUUUGUACUUGGUUGAAGAUCUUAUUCAGGUUUAAAUGGACACAAACGAAACCAUGUGCUGACGCGUCGCUGGACUGACCCGAAAAUCGGCCAAGGCCUCCUCCUGCUUCCAAGACGGGCCCCGUCCACCAGAUGCCUUCUAGCGCCAUCCUCUUAAAGGAAGACGCAAGUUUUAGAGAGAGCAAAUGAAAAAUGAGACUGUGUCUGCGUGUGUGUGUGUGAGACAAAUAGCAUGAGACAUAAAAACUGGAGGGGGGGGGGCACACUGUAUUGCAGAAAGGAAAGCACCCAUCAGGGAAUGUAAAACAGAAGUGACUGAGAGCAUGUUAGCCAAUUAGAUCAGUCUGUUUUUUAUUUUCUCUGUGUUCCUUAGGACCACCUUACACCCCCCUCUAUUAUAAAUCUAUUUCAUGAAGCCCUCUCUUUGUCUGGCUGUACUCUUAUACUUCUUUCAGUGACCUUACCUCCUUCCUCCCACUUUUGUCCUUUACAAAUAAAGAAACACUCACAAGCAUGAUUUGUUUUAUGGCGGAGAUAAACAACCGAUCACAUCCUAAGACAUGCUGCAAGACAGUGAGAUGAUUUUUACUACCUUAAAGAAUAUCUCCAGAAUUAUAGGAUGCAGUGUUCACAGCUGAAUUGGGCGACGCAUGCUGCACUGUUGGAUUCCUUGCGUGUGAAAGGAGUCCGGCCAAAAAUGACAUUUUGAAACUGUUCAAGCCUGGAUUCAAAAAUGCUCUGUGACAUUGUGUCAGGUUUAUAAUCAUAAUAACAAAUAUUUAUCACAGAUCUUUUACGGAAGCAGAUUAGAGGCAAUAUCACUUCAGCGCGUUGUUUUAGCUCAGCUUUUAGCCUUUAAGAGGAUUCUUCCUCCCAAACGGAAGGAAGGAGAUGCUGCGUUAGUUUGAGAAUGCUCAUUCUAAUGCAGAUAUGCGCAUUAGUAACAACGUGGCAGCAACACAGCACUCUGAAGACUCUCAACUUUUAAAAAUAGCUGCAUGACUACUCGCUGCGUAUCCAGGACAACACAUAUAUGCAUAUGCAUAUUCACACACACACACACACACAGACCGCAGUUAGUGUAGCUGCAGUAGUGUGCACUGCUGAGAACAUUAAAUACAAACUGAAGACCCUCUCAAAUAUUCACAGAGCACCAAAAGUUUCAACAGCAGCAUGCCACCUCAGGCUGAACUGUAAUAACCCCUUCUAGAGGACUUGUGAGAAAUACGUGACUAUACGUGCACUGCUUAGCUUCCUGAGUGUGAAAUACAUGUGAGAGAUGAACUCAGAUGUGAAAUGAUAACCUGUGCUGGGUUUUGGAGAGAAUAUAAAAUAAAGAUUUCACCAUGAAGGACAAAGAAUGCAAUGAUUUGUAUGU